GUUUGAUCAACCGUCGAUCAUGCGAUCUCGAUAUAUGCAAAUAAUUUCGUUCCUUUGAAAAACUAGAACUAUUAAUUGAGCAGCUUGUCGCAUUUGGCUUGGAUCAUUAUAAGAAGAAAAAGAGAAGUCCAAGUAACGUGAAUUCGAUAUUCGAUACAUCUAUUGCCGUUACCGCUGCGCGGGCAGCGAGUAAGAUGGCGGUCGAAUCAAAAUUCAUAUCUCGCUCGGUCCUCGACGCCGGCAACGGCGAUGACAACGACGACAGAGGUGAUUACAAUUUCGAUAAUGGCAACGACGAUGUAAACGAGGAGAGAUACUCGCGCAUGAGACGUCGUCGCGGAUGCGCGUGAAAUAAUACGCGAAUCGUUCUCCUCCCCUCCUGCGCAAUCGGCAGAGACGGGCACGAGCAGUGGCGGUGAAAGCGAAGCAGACGAGAUUUCUGACGCGCCGCGCUGCGUUGCGCUGCGCCUCGCCCGUCCGCGGCACCAGACAUCGGCCAUUGCCGAAUCCGGUUCCGCUCCCCCUCGAGUUUGAAUUCCGUAACGGUCGUCGAGUCGGGAGGAGGUGUUUUUCUGUAUAUCAACGACGGGGCGAUUCGUCUAAUAACCGUGGGUGUGUGGCGGUGCGGUGGAUACGAAACGCCGAGAGCUCCGUCGUGUGCCGACGAGCGGAGCAGAGCGGAACGGAGUGGAGCCAAGCGUCGACGUCGACGUCGACGACGACGACGUCGGUGGAGGCGCGCGCGCGCGCGCGCCUGACGUAACGAGAGGUGGAUUUUUGCGCGCGUAGGCAGACAAGAUUAAUCCGAGCGGACUUCGCCUAGUUACCCGCCCACUCUUAACGUCCCGCGUGUUUACUGCGCGCCCGCGCUACAUCGCGCUAAUUGAACGCUCCUAUUUGCAUUAACGUCGCGCUGAUGACAGAUCCACCUGAUCGGUAUCUGCUACUGCGCCGUACACCUGCAACUGGAUCACGAUGGAGGACGCGAACGAGGUUUUGGUGUGCGCGGCUGAAUUCAUAAAAGAUCGAUUGUACUUUGUAACAUUAAGAACAACAAUGAAACCAAAAAGUACUCCAAACACACACUAUUUCACUAUUGACAACGAGUUGGUGUACGAGAAUUUUUAUUCUGACUUUGGUCCUUUAAAUCUGGCCAUGCUGUACAGAUACUGCCAAAAAGUUAAUAAGAAACUAAAGGGCAUCGCGCUCAGCAAGAAAAAACUUGUACAUUAUACUACAAUGGAUUCAGAAAAAAGAGUGAAUGCUGCAUUUCUUAUGGGAAGUUAUGCGAUAUUGUACUGCAAGCUUACAGCACAAGAAGCUUAUGAGUGUCUGAUUAAAAGUCCAAAUAGUCCGUCAUUCAUCAUGUUCCGCGAUGCCUCUGUUGGACCACCAUGUUAUCAAAUAUCGUUAAGGGAUUGUCUAAGUGCUAUAUACAAGUGCCAUCGACUUGGUUUUUUUAAUUUCGAAGAUUUCUGUGUGAAAGAAUACGAACAUUAUGAAAGAGUUGAAAAUGGAGACUUAAAUUGGAUAGUUCCUGGAAAAUUUAUUGCCUUCUGUGGCCCGCAUGCGAGAUCAAAAAUGGAAGAUGGUUAUCCUUUGCAUGGUCCCGAAUCAUAUUUUACAUAUUUUCGCCGUAAUAACGUGACAACAAUUAUACGGCUUAAUAAGAAGGUCUAUGAUGCAUCGAGUUUCACCGACGCUGGAUUCACUCAUAAAGAUUUAUUUUUUAUGGACGGAUCGACUCCAACGGACUCGAUAAUGCAUCAAUUUCUCAAAAUAGCGGAAAACACAAAUGGUGCAGUUGCUGUACAUUGUAAAGCAGGCCUUGGGAGAACGGGUUCUCUCAUAGGUUGCUAUAUUAUGAAACAUUACCAUUUGACAGCACAUGAAACGAUCGCCUGGAUAAGGAUAUGUAGGCCAGGUUCUGUAAUUGGGCACCAACAACAAUGGUUGGAGAGAAAAGAGACGUAUCUCCGAUCGUUGCUGAAGGAGCCGUUACAAUCUGAAAAUGGAAAUCCGGUACAUGAGUAUGGGAUAUACUCGAUAGCUGGUAGACCUAGAGCAGCUUCUUUCCAAGGUGAUGUAAAAAGUCUAAUGGAGGAUAAUGUAUCAGGGAUAAUGCAUCGUGUAGACGAAAUAAAAUUAGAUGAUCCUGGACCAGUGGCUGGGGCUAGUACUACGACUAGAUUUAGCACGCUAACCCAAGGUGAUAAGUUGUGUAGAAUCAAAGCCAGAAGAAGAGGUAUAUCAACGGCUCAAACGUCUCUCAAUACAAGUACAGGAACAUCUACCGUUGUGCAUCCAUAUUUGGGAUCUUUAUUACAAACCAGGAGUCAGAAAGGAACCAUUACGACUCUAGUGGGAAAUAAAGAGAGAGAUCCCACAAAAAGGCUAUUAUCACGAUCCACGGCAACAACAGUCGUGAAAAGGUCUAAACCGACAACUCAGAGCCAUAAUAUCAACAACAAUACAACUACCACCAAUCCCGUUACAUCUUUAACUGUAUCAAAACCAGUGAGAAGGGCGAAACGUACAUCCUGCAUGGCUGCACAGGCCCACGCUACAAACUCGUCUGCCAAUCAUUCGGUACCGCAACCACAACAACGCAUGAAUAUGAUCCUUAGGUCGGCAGACCGAGUUACUCGCUAUUCGCUCAGGCAUGCGCGCACAACAAAAAGUUAUAAAAGUGCAUUUAUCAGAUGACUAACCGAUAUUCCCAGUGGCGUUGGGGAGGACUGUCAGAUAACUGGAGCAUCUCACCAGCGCCGAAGAUCUCAUCGUUUAAACCCCAUCAUUCAAUAAAAAGCACUUCACUUUGAUCUUCAAUACUUCUUCAACUUGAGCAGUUUUGCCCAGGCUUUUAUAUCAUAAAUCAAGGAAGAUCAAACUAUAUCUCUACAAAAUCAUCAACACUGCAUUAUUAAUAUGGUUUUGCCAUAUUUGCAUUAUGGGAUAUGAAUUUGUUGCAGUGAUAUUUAAUAUAUAGCUUACACAGCUUUUAAUUGUUCUUCCAUAUAUCAAAGUGAUCGCGAUUCGUUGAGUGUCUGCAAAAAAUA